AUGAGAAGGCCAGGAGAAGGGAUAGAAGAGAGGAACGACUAUAUCAUGUUUCACAAAGGAGAACACACCGGACAAAAAGGAGUAGGUUUCCUUAUCAAGUCUAAACUGAAGAAGAACAUUAUGGGAUUUGAAGGAGUUUCUGACAGAAUUGCUGUAGUUCAUUUAAAAUUUCCAGGGUACAAGAAAAACUGGGCUAUCUUUCAAAUAUAUGCCCCAACAGAAAAAGCGGGGAAAUCAGAAAUAGAAUAUUUCUAUGAAAGUAUCUCAGAAGCAAUAAAACCGCAUUACAACAACAAUAUAAUAAUCAUGGGCGACUUUAACGCACAGGUUGGAGAAAGGCAAACUGGAGAAGAAUCCUCAAUCGGGAAGUUUGGGCAUGGCAAAAGAAGCCAAAAUGGACAGAAAUUAGUAGAAUUUAUGAUGGAAAAUAACCUUAUUUUAAUGAACUCAUGUUUUAACAAAAAAACUAAAAGCAAAUGGACGUGGUCCUCCCCAGGCGCAAAAUUCAAAACUAAAUUGACUUUAUUAUAA